AUGUGGGAAUCCUCGUCUCCCGCCAAAGGCAUCCCCUACCAAGAUUUUUCUGUUCGAUGGGAUGGCUAUGUCAUGGCACCCACAACUGGAAGAUUUGAAUUCGUUACACAUGCAGAUUGCGGAGUUAGGGUAUUCCUCGAUGGAUCACCGAUAAUCGUUGACCGGAUGCCGACUCCCUCUGAAGGAUCCGCUUUUUCGGACAGUCCGAUCCGAAUCCUCGAGCCAACAGAAGAUACGGGACUCCGAAAGACAUAUUCAGCUCGUCAGGUGAAGUGUUGUAUAAACAGACAGACAAAUCUAGUUAACACAACUUAUCCCACUGACACUCAGGCAAAAGUCUCCUUAGGGUGGAGAUCAAGCUCAACGCCGGAGCAAAUAAUCCAGGACAAAUAUCUUUUCAAAGGCACCUCCUCUCCUGCACUACGCAUCAGCGGCCUCCCUGGAGAGACAUUUGACGUAAACACUACUGCUUGUUUCAGGUCUCUGUUAGAAAAUGGAGUUCUAGCAUUCACCGAUUCUACGGAGUAUGUGGUUGCGGAUGUUCCAUCAAAAUACGAAGGAUCCCAACUGAUCCGCGCACGGACAAAUCCAAACACGAGCAAACUGCGUCUUGAAAUUUCCGCCGAUGCGUAUAUCUAUGUAGCUCUCCCUCAUGGAGGGGUCCGACCUGUUCAGAACUCCGCUCAGCAUCUUCAGCCGUUGCGCUUCGAGGACAGCGGAGACAGUUUGUCCGUAUACCUUGUUGAAAGAGACGCGGUAAACACAUGGUCUUCCGGCUCAUGUCAAUCACUUGCCAGCACCACUGACUGCAGGAGAAAGCGAGUCAACAAGUCCCUUUUGACAUAUACGGGGGGCGAGUUCUCGCCGGCGUUACUGGGUUUUCUCUUCCAGUUGUCCCAGGUUGUUUCGCUAACCGGUUCUGACCUGUUUAGUUCAUGCACUUCUUCGUCGUACGCUUCAGGUAGGCUCAGCAAAUCUGGCGCGCGUAAGAGCAUGGUGAGAGAAUCCGUCCCUAGCUGCCUACAGUUAACCUCAUCGGGCAAUGGAAUUGGACAGUUCAUAAUUGUUUAUUUCACGAAGCCGGUAGGGCUGGCUGCGUUUCAAUUCAAACCCCUGGAUGACCCGGCAUCGUGGCCAACUGAAAUCUCACUUGAAUUCCCGGGUAGGUUCAUGAAUCUUCGCGACAAUUUUGCAGAAUCUGACCCAGCAAUAUCAGGCUCUCGCGACAUACAACGAAUCGCGGUGCAACCUGGCGAUCACACGUACCAACUCAGCCCUCAUGUGACGACGGCAGUUAAGGCUACGAUCACAGGUUGGUGUGCCACAGGCAUGAUGUCAGGAAUAACUUAUUCCGCGACAACGGCUCAGCUAUGCGGGAUCCCCUCGUCCCUGUCGCAACUGGGGGAUCUUUUGCUUUUAUUGGCUCUCCCUGUAUCCAGGCUAGUAAAGCAGUCUAUUUCCAUCGCGUUCGGUGGCGGGGCUGCUGGCUUUGUUCCUACUGGUUAUAGCUUAGACGACGGAUCCCCCAAAACUGCUCACGGGAGCUUUUUCUACGGUUGGGAUCACGAGACCGUACCUGUCAAUCCGAAGCUGUGUCGUCACGAGUCGUCCAUGGCCGGCGGUGUGACCUUCCCGGAGCCGAAAUGCUCGGAGAUGGACAAGUGCAACAGCCUAGUCGACUGUAACUACCCCAAUUCGUGGUCUAUCGACAUGCCCUCUUACGGUAGUUAUCGGGUGACGGUGGAAGUGGGGUCGCCCUGUGGCGAUGCCCACGCGAAUGACCUUUUUAUCAAUGGAGUUCCGUUCAUUGUGAACGAGAUACUUCAUGCAGGCCAGUACAGCACGGUGAGUGUCAGCUGUCGUAAGACCAAACAAAGAUAUAACAUUGUGGGCGAUUCGUUUAGACAACUGGUCAGGUCUCUCUCACCACUUCUGCCACUAUCACCCUCACGUCUAACACUCGGACUACGCUGCAAUCUAUUAAAAUCGAGAAGAUGGAAGACACAUCAUUGUCGUUUGUUAUUUGAAUCAGGUGCAUCAAUUGUGAUGGUGAGUGCGCUUCGUCACGGGAAUCUCGGGGACGCGUAUAACGCACAAGCUUCUGCAUGCAACAAGACGAGCCCGCCUCGACCAAAGCACCUGAGACACUUUUGUGUACGAAUGCCCGGAUAUUUUCAGAAAAGUACUGCUGUGUGA